AUGGAUUACAAUGCUGAGGAAUAUGAAAAGACACUUGUUGAGAAGUAUCUUGAGAAGGCAGCAAACUCAAGAAUGAAUGAGAUUGAGGAGAAGGCGAAGAGAUACAAGGAUAGCGGAGAUUUGGAAAAAAUGAAUCUGUGUGAGGAAGAGCUUGAGCAGAUUAAGCGAAGCUUAGUGGCAGAAAAGCAGGCACUGACAUGCAGAGAAAGCAAACAGGAAAGUUUGGAAGCAAAAGAAGUGUUUGAUUUUGAGUGGAAAGGUUGUUCUGAUGAUUCAGACAUCAAAUUGUUUGAGGAGAAGUGUAAGAAUGCAAUAGAAGUAUUCUGCAAGAAACAUGGACUAUCUAAUGACGUAUUUGAUAAGUAUAUUCAAAAACAUUCUGAAGAGCACGAAGGUUUUGCUGUGCCAAGCUUUCUCUGGGAAAGUCUGUUUGUAUAUCAGCAGGAAGGAGUGAAGUGGAUGUUAAAUCUUUACAAAGCUAAGAAGGGAGGGAUUCUUGCUGAUGAUAUGGGCCUAGGAAAGACAUUUCAGCUAAUAGUUUUUUUAACGGCGCUGUUUAGGAAUGAAGCAGCUGGAAAGGCAUUAAUUGUAUGCCCAGCCACAAUUGUUUUACAGUGGGUGAGCGAGUGGAAAAAGUUCUAUCCAUUUAUGCGAAUUUUUACUGGAGGAGUGGAUAGUGAGAAGAAUGGAGUGCAUGUGAUGUCAUACGAGAAGUUCAAAAUGAUUGCAGGGAGUGAGGAAUGUGAUGUGUUAGUUCUGGAUGAAGGGCAUAGAAUAAAGAAUAAGAAUGCACAGGUGAGUCUUGCAGCGAAGAGGAUGAAGUCUGUAUGUAGGUUGAUUCUUUCUGGAACGCCAAUACAAAACAAUCUAAGGGAGCUGUGGUCGAUGUUUGAUUUUGUGAAUCCGGGGCUUCUUGGAUCGCACAGUGCAUUCAAUGAAGAAUUUGAAGAGGUGAUAAGCAAGGGAGGAUACAAGAAUGCAAGUAAUAUUCAGGUUGAAAGAGCAUACAAACACAGUUUGAUGCUAAGGUCACUUAUUGAGCCUUACAUAUUACGAAGAACAAAGGCACAAGUGUCUCAUCGACUACCUUCAAAACAGGAUAAGAUUGUGUUCUGUUCAUUGACAUCUUUACAGACUGAUUUGUACAAGAAGGUGCUUAGAUCAAAGCAUAUAAUGAAUGUUCUAACAGGAAAGGCGAAUCUUUUGAGUGGAAUUACGUUACUACGCAAAGUGUGUAAUCAUCCUAGGCUGCUUUUUACUGAUGACAAUACAAGACAUGAUGGAAUGCAUGAUCAAGAUCCAAGUAAACAUAAAAUAGAGCAAUUUGAGCUUGAUUAUGAUUAUCAGGAUGAGUCGUUGGAUGUAAACGCUUGUAAUGGAAAGUCUAAUGGAUAUGCGUUGGUUGAGUCGGCAUGUAAGAUGAAGAUUCUGAUGGAUUUUUUGAAGAAGUGGAAGAAGAGUGGAAACAAGGUAUUGAUCUUUUCACAGACGAUACGGAUGUUGGAUAUUAUAGAGAAAUGUAUUGAUGGAUAUAUGUACAUGAGGAUGGAUGGGUCAACAUCAACGCAAGACAGACGGAGUCUUGUUGAGCAAUUCAACAAUGAUGAGAAUGUUUUUAUAUUUCUGUUGACAACGCGAGUGGGAGGUCUUGGACUGAACCUUACUGGAGCAUCAAGGGUUGUGAUAUAUGAUCCGGAUUGGAAUCCAUCAACAGAUACACAAGCAAAGGAAAGGGCAUGGAGGUAUGGACAGAAGAAAGACGUGGAGAUAUAUAGGUUUGUAUGCAAAGACACUAUUGAGGAGAAGGUGUAUCAGAAGCAGAUAUUCAAGGAUAUGCUUGGAAAGAAGGUGUUGAGUGAUCCAAGACUAAGCAGGUUCUUCAAUAAGUCGUGCAUUGAUGAUUUGUUUAGCUUUGAUGGCACAGAUGAGGUUGUUGAGAUAAAGGCACAUGAGGAGCAUGGAGAAGAGGGUGAAGAGGAGGGUGUAUUAAAGGGAGUGCGGGACAAGGACGAAGAGCUGUUUCUACGGAUGAAGGUUUUGAAUAGCAAGAGUGUUUUGAGUGGAAGUGAAAUGCUUGAGUACAUCCGUUUGAGAGAGGAAGCCAUGAGAUGA